AUUCUACAGGCCAUGACAGCAGAUCAAAAGGCAAUGAUACAUUCGCAUUUUGAAAAAGUGGGUACAGAAUGUAUGAAAGAUAACAUGAUUUCUACGGAUGAUAUAAGCAGCUUAAGAGCUAAGAAAUUGCCAAGCGGAGAGAACGUUCCAUGUUUUCUCGCAUGUGUUUUGAAGAAAACUGGCACUAUGGAUGACAAAGGCAUGCUUCAAAAGGAAACAGCUUUAGAAUUAGCGAAAAAGGUGUUCAACGAUGACGAAGAACUGCAACUUAUCGCAGACUAUCUCCAUUCCUGCUCCCAUAUUAACAGCGAAGCGGUUAGUGACGGAGAAAAAGGCUGCGAACGAGCUAUGCUUUCCUACAAAUGUAUGACGGAAAAUGCUUCUAAGUUUGGCUUGGAACUAUAA